AUGGAGCGCCGAAAGACCAACUACUUGCUUCAUGGGGGACUCGAUGAGGAUGAAAAAAAACCGAAUGGUGCGAAGGCACCCAUGCUCUUGCCGGCUGGAGAGGGGAGAAAUGAGGAAGCGAGUGGACAGGGCCAGCCUGGGCGGGAAGCCGCAGCAGCGGAAGGGAAAAGAGCCCGAGAAUUAAGUGGAGAAGGCCCCUCGGCUGCUGAUGCUGCAGGCCUCGAGGAUGGCGGGAACCAAGAGGGCGCCUGUGGCGGUGACCACGAGAAUGAGAAGCAGCCGAAGAAGCCGGCUGGAGAGGGCCUGUGGCUUGCAGAAAGUGCGCAGCCAGUGUCGGUGCUGGUGCGCCAGCGCUGCUUCCACUACAAGUUCAGCCAGUGGCAGUUGCAGGAGCUGGAGCGGUCUUUCCAGCAUAGUCACUACAUCAGUGCAGAAGUAAGAAAACAGCUGGCAAGAUGGAUAGGUGUGACUGAAGCUAGAGUUCAGAAUUGGUUUAAGGGGAGACGAGAACAAUACAGGAGAGAUCAGAAGCUAUAA